CUUAAAUUUGAUACUUAACGAGCUCAAGUAUUUUCAGACAACAAAAAAAAGAAGUAAGAGCAGUAUGCGAGUGAUACCACCAGCAGUCAAAGAGAUCUUAGACAAAUGGAACAUCAGGGGACUUGUAAUAUUGUCUCUGGUGUUCCAAACGUCUCUUAUCUUCCUUGCACCGCUGCGAAAACGUACAUCGAAGAAGCUGCUCGCUAUGAUUCUAUGGACAGCGUAUCUUUUAGCGGAUUGGACAGCUAAUUAUGCAGUGGCUCAGAUCACGAAGAACCAAGGAAAGGAACCAAAACCCGAUGAUCCUCCGAAGAACAAGAAGCUACUUGCUCUGUGGGCACCGUUCUUGUUGUUGCACCUUGGUGGUCCGGACACGAUAACUGCGUUGGCCCUAGAGGAUAAUGCCUUAUGGGCACGUCACUUGUUUGGUCUCGUAUCUCAAGCACUUGCUGGUGCUUAUGCGGUGGUGCAAUCAAUGGAUAACCCUUUAUGGCCACCAAUAGCGCUACUAUUCAUCACCGCAGUGAUAAAAUACACGGAGAGGACACGUGCACUAUACACAGCGAGUUUAGACAAGUUCAAAGACCAAAUGCGUAAACCAGCAGACACUGGUCCUAACUACGCUAAGCUCAUGGAAGAAUACGAUUCAAGAAAAGACUCCAACCUCCCAACGGACAUCGUCCUCAUCGACGAACCAGACAAGCACGAUAGACCCCCGACACUUAAACCGGGACCAGAUCCCUUAAACCAUCUCAAAAUCGUUCAGUACGGUUUCAGAUUCUUCAACACUUUUAAAGGACUCGUUGUUGACCUAAUUUUCAGCUUCCGUGAGCGAGACGAAAGCAGAGACUUCUUCAAAGAGUUGGCUCCCGAGGACGCUCUUAGGAUAAUUGAAUCCGAGCUAGGGUUUCUAUACGACUCCAUGUAUACCAAAACGGCGAUUCUUCAUACGCAUAAGGGUACUGUGUUUCGCGUUAUUGCGUUUGGAUCGCUCCUUGCUUCCUUCCUUGUCUUCCAUUUCAGACCUGAAAAAUCAGUGGAUUUCCAUGGAGCGGACGUUGUGAUUACUUACACUUUGUUCAUCGUCGGUAUCGCUCUUGAACUCUCCUCGCUUGCCAUGUUCUUGCUCUCUGAUUGGAUGUUCGCGGUAUCGAGCAAGCUUAAUGAUGAUCAAGUGAAAGACGAGAGUUUUAUCGACUCUUUUCUCAACCGUUUGCUCGCGUUUAGGAAGCCGCGUUGGACGCCGAUGGAUUCACGCAAGACGAUGCAUGCAUGCAAAGGAAACCGUACGCGCGAGGUGCUUACGACGCCGUUUUUGUUGCGGAGAUGGUCAGGUGUGAUCUACGGUUUCAACUUCAUCGGAUAUUGUCUGAAAGCUAAAGUCUCAAAAAUCAACCGGAGGAGCGAGUUUGUGUCGGAGUUUGUGGUGUCCAUGUUCGAUUACGUAAUCAGAAUAUUCCAGAGCUUGUCUGGAUGGAUCAAGGAUCUUGAGAGUUCAGUCAGAACCUUCAUCAGGAGAUGGUCAAAGAAGAACCAUAUGAUUUAUUGCACUGUUUAUCCGUUGUACCUCGUGUUCUUCUCGGUGAUUCCUUGGGUGUUCAGAAAGCUUUGGGGUUACGUUGAUCGAAUCUUCAGUGUUAAAUCUCAUAUAGACCAGAUCAGAUUCGUAUCGAGCGAACCAUUGACGAGGAAUCAAUGGGAGUUUAUAUUCAGUGAGCUGAAACGUAAGUCCGAGUUCGCGGAAACGCCUGAACGUGCAAAGAAAGUGUCUUCGGCGAGAGGAGAAUGGGUUUUACAGGAUAGCAAGUUGGAGGAAGUUGAGAGAUUGAUGCGUUAUGUAGCGAAUGUUGAUUACGAUCAAAGUCUUCUCCUUUGGCAUAUUGCUACUGAGCUAUGUUUUCAAGAAGAAGAAGAUAAGGAGGUGGAGAAUGGGAGUGGAAAGAGUUGCGAUGACCGCGAGUUCAGCAAGAUUAUUUCGGAUUACAUGAUGUAUCUGUUGAUAAUGCAACCUAAGUUGAUGUCGGAAGUUGCGGGAAUCGGGACUAUAAGAUUUAGAGACACUUUAGAUGAAGCUAAGAGGUUUUUCAAAGGAAGACAUUUCAAGAACCUGAGAGAUAUGAAACGAGGGAGCAAGAUGGUUUUAGAGGUUAGUAACGAUAUUGAGCCGAUGCAUGUGAAGGGAGACCGAAGUAAAUCGGUUCUUUUCGAUGCGAGUAUGUUGGCAAAAGAGCUUAAGAGACUGGACGGGAGUAGUAGUAGUGCUAGUCAUGGAGAUGGGAAAUGGAGGGUGUUGAGCAAAGUGUGGGUUGAGUUGCUAUCUUACGCAGCAAGUCACUGUAAAGCUACAGAGCAGGUGGCGCAACUUAGCAGAGGUGGAGAGCUUCUUAACUUUGUUUGGUUGUUGAUGGCUCACUUCGGUUUAGCUGAUCAGUUUCAGAUCAAUAAAGGAGAUGCUAGAGCUAAACUCGUUGUAGGCGAGUGAUUGCUUCUUUUUUCUAAAUAAAGAAUAUGUGUGUGUGUGUGUUUGUUUGUAGUCUCGAUUGCUCUAUUUCAAAUUUAAAGCAAUGUUCUUUGAUUUCU